AUGGAGUACGACGCCGCGUUGGAGCAUCUCGGUCGCUGCGGCCGCUUCCAGAAAAUCACCACCAUCGCCAUGGCUCUAGUCGGCAUCCCGGCCGGCUUCAACAUGGUGGCGAUGACUUUCCUGGGAGCUAUGACCGACCACCGCUGCCGCCUGCACGAAAACAGCCGGGCGGACUAUGCAGGGAAUGCUACCGAAGAACUGAACGCCAGUAUACCCUGGGAGAAUGUCGGGGGCACCUGGAGGCUGAGCCAAUGCAAUAUGUACGUGGAUCCUUUAGGAGCUGAAGUCGGGGAAAACGCCACCAUAGCGCCUUGCGAGUAUGGAUGGGUGUACGACCGCAGCCAGUAUAGCAGCAGCAUCGUUACUGAGUUCGACCUGGUGUGUAACAAGGCUUGGCUGACGGAGCUGGCGCAGUCCAUCUACAUGUCCGGGGUGUGUGUGGGCGCCGUGCUGUUCGGAGUGAUGGCUGACAGGUACGGGCGGCGUCCUAUCCUGCUGCUCUGCCUGAUGCUCCAGAUCCCGCUCAUGUUCGCCGUCGCCUUCGCGACCAAUUACGUCACCUUCGUCACUCUUCGGUUCUUCAUCGGGGCGACGACGAAUGGCUUUCUCUACUCGGGCAUCGUCAUCGGUACGGAGGUGGUCCACACGUCCAGGCGCUCGCUGUUCGGCAUGUCCUUGUCCUUCACCCAGGCGACCAGCUACAUGCUGCUCGGUGCCCUGGCCUACUUUUUCCGCGACUGGCGAAACCUGCAGCUCGCCAUGUCGAUACCGCCCCUCCUCUUCGUGUCCUACUGGUGGUUGGCGCCCGAGUCUCCCCGCUGGCUGCUGACCAAUCGCAAGACAGAAGAGGCGAAGAUGGUCAUCAGGAAGGCGGCGAAACAAAAUGGCGUCGAGAUUCCGAAGAAAAUCUACGAACUCAUCGACGAAGAUGGGGACAAGGGUUUAGAUCGACAUGACCGUAGACCACGGACCUACACGAUGCUGGACCUAGUGCGCACGCCCAAACUGAGGGCCACAACCAUACUGAUAUCCACAAACUGGUUCGUCCUGUCUGGAGUUUACUAUGGUCUCUGGGUGGGAACCUCUAACUUGGCGGGGGACCACUACGUCAACUUCAUCACCAGCGCAUGCGUGGAAGGUGUUGGCGUGUUCGUGGCGUGGUUCACCAUGGAGCGGUGCGGGAGGAAGCGGUCUUCCGCGGUCUUCAUGUUGCUUGGAGGCUGCGCAUGCGCCGCAACUGCCGCUGUACCACAUACGCACGACACGAUCUCUACCGUCCUGGCCAUGGUGGGGAGGUUCGGCAUCAGUGUCAGCUUCAACGUGUUCUACGUGUACUCUGCAGAGGUCUUCCCCACUGUCGUAAGAAACAUGGGUCUGGGCGUGGCCACCAUGUUGGCGCGGGUGGGCGGUAUCAUCGCGCCGUUCGUGUACCUGCUGGCGGACACCUGGCGGCCCCUCCCCCUGCUCACCUUCGGCCUCGUGUCCAUCUUCUCCGGCCUCACCAUGCUCACCAUGCCGGAAACGCUCGGCAAACCGCUACCGAACACCAUCGCCUCGGUGGAAAACGUCAGCAAACCCCCACCGCCCAUACUGGUGCCGGACGGAGUGGUGCUCCCGGAUGACAUCGACAAUCCGCUGAUCAUCUUCCAGAAACUGACGGUGCUGUAGGGGACACAAACACGCCAAUUACUAACGAUCCUGUUAUAAUUACUCAUUCAGAACAUUCUCCCGACCACCAAACAAGGUUGGCUGAAGUUCGGGAUCAGUCUGACCGGAUUUUGGCCACUUCUACCUUUGUUUAGUAAAUUAUCGAAUCAAAUCGAAUUUGAGUUAUAUUUGAGUCAGAUUUGACCCCUUCAGACUGCUGACCUACUCCUGAAGACCAGCCAUCUUUUGCCGAACCUCACGUUCACACUCGAAUGUUGUGGUGGUGCCAAAAACUGAGUACCCGUCGUGUGACUGUUUAACUGUG